UGAAAAGAGGGAGCUGGGAUUUUUUGGGGCUUGCUCCUUUCACGGUUCCGAGGAAAAACGCCCCGCUUUUUCCGGGCAGCCGAAGCAGACACCGGUCACGCGUGCUGCCUUCAUCACACCACACCUAGACAGCACCCACAACACCCCAAAAAGCUUCCCACGGCAAGUCGACCACCAUGGCUGAGCGCGGGAAGCGCCAGGAUCCCACAGACCCCGCACCGCAACGCUGGGAGAAGCGCCGUCGACGAGCUAUCGACGAGGACAAUGCAGCCCAGGAAGACAAGAGAUUCACGGUCCUGGGUCUUCUGAGGGCCGUAGUAGUGGCGACGGGCGUGGUGGCAGCAGGAGAAGCUCAUCGUGCCCACUGCCCUCAGGAACGAACGGGAGCCCAUCUACGAGCCGAAGCGACUUCCGUGGGCCCAACACGAGGCGGACCUCGAUGAACGGCGCGGCUGGCGGCGGUCGU